AAAUCAUGCUACCGGUAGCUACAUGUACAUGUAACUACGCCAACACUGAGUCUAAAUACACAAGUGUAUGGGUGAUUGGCAUCACCUACACUUUCCCUUUUAGUUCGGCCAAGGACUCCAUCUCCCAUCACAAUUGCUCAUUCUCUGAUUCUCAUUAACCGCACCCGAUGACGCUGUGGUCCAGUUCAGCUCUUCGUUGUUAGUGUUGGCAGUACAUGCACCCACUACACUGUACAUGUACAUGUACAUUUUAGGCGAACACCCAGUUUGUUUAACAUUUGAGUGGUUUCAAAUUGUCUGCGUAUUGCAUGCUGGUUAGCUGGUGGGAAUCACGACAGACCCAAAAUGAAUAUUAGAGUGUCCUUCCCCGCCCUGGUCCUUCCUGUGAUCCUACUUCAGAUGACCUGUUUGACCUUCGGCCAAGACGUAAGUAGCUCUACAUGUACAAGGCACAAAAGGCACGGUGACAGGACAGGAGAUCAAACAGUCGGGCUGAAUGGUUGUGGUCAAUUCAAAGGCUGUUUCAAUCAGCCCAGCGAGUGUACCGGUGAUGGCUGCACUGCAUAUGUGACCUGGGAAACGCUCCCCUCUGGAGAGAGUCGCUUUUCCUUGAGGGCACGAGCCGACGGUUGGGUAGCCGUGGGAUUUAGGCCUGCGGACGCCACAGGUAAUGGAAUGAUUCCAGCUGAUGUGUAUGCAUGCACCAGUAGAGAACAAGUGAGAAGGUCGAUAAAUCAGCGUCUCGAUGGAAGUCUGAACUCAGUAGCCAGGCUUCCGCCUAACGAUACCGUGUCCCUACAAAAUGCAUCGUCUUCCAAUGGGGUGAUCACUUGUACAUUCACAAGGAAGCCCAACUUUGAAGGGGAUGAGUCUUUCUACGACAUUGGUGGCAACAAUCAAUACUUUAUCUUACUGGCUUACGGCAAUAGCAUUCAAAGCGAUGGAACAAUCCAAGGCAAUAUUCAUGCAGAAAGAUGGUCGACAGCAGAAGCACGAAAUUUGCAAACAGAUUUUUCCAGACCUAUGGCAGAAGGGGAAGCACUGCCCAAGGCCCAUGCGUCUCUGAUGGUGAUUGCUUGGUUGGGUUUUGCCAGCGUUGGUAUCACCAUGGCCCGUUUCUUCAAGCCGAUGUGGCCCAACUCCAAACUCUUGGGCACUAAAGUCUGGUUUGCACUUCACCGGAUCUGCAUGGUUUCCUGCGUGCUGUGCUUCAGUGUUGCAUUCGUCUUGAUCUUUGUGCACCUGGAGGGCUUUGUCGAAUUAUCGGAGACGCUGUCUGUCAUCCAUGCCAUUUGUGGUAUUGCAGUGACUGUCUUGGGCAUCAUCAACCCCAUCAUGGCUCUCUUCCGACCCCACCCAGGAACGGCCAACCGACCCAUCUUCAACUGGGCACACUGGGGAGUUGGCACUGGAGCACACCUCUUGGCAUUGGCAACCAUCUUCAUCGGCAUUGGCAUCAAUGGCUCCAGCCUCUUAGACGGGCUUCCAAACUAUGUCUUCAUCGUUAUGGUGGUUUUCAUCGUAUUCCACAUUGUGAUGUGGAUCCUGUUUGAAAUCCAGCGCUGUAUGACGGAGAGUCAGGGACGUACCAACGAUGUCGCGCUGAAGUCAUCCGGUGACUCGACUAAUCAUUUAGCUGUUGAUGUGGACUCGGACCCACCAACCGAUGACUUGAUGGUGGAAGGUCCCUGUAUAUCGCAAGUAACUGAAGAGGGCUCAACGGCCAAGACCAUUCUUCUCUGUGUCUAUGCGGUGGGCGUCAUCGUCGCUGUCGUCUUCUUUGUCAUCAGCUUUGCGAUCAAUUAGAUGAAAAAAUGGAAAAAACUCUCCGAAGAUGGGAAAUGAAACAAUGAACUUGCAAAAUGCGAUCACACAAACAUUACGCGUACUACUUACUAGUGGAAUGAUGGUCCCAACUUGAAAAAGAUUCUUAGCCUGUCAAAACUUGGUCGAGUUGGAGAUCGCACCUACCGAAACAUUUUCCUCGAAAUUGAAAAUCACGUCACCUGGGCCACAUCAUCACUGAAAGGUGUGGAGACGGAUGUGGCCAGUGUGACUAGAAAUUAGUUCUUUGGUAAGAAUUACAUUGGGCAGUUUUGUAUUUUACCAUUUUGAGACUUAGCACCCCUCCCCCUUUACUUUUUGGAGAAAAGAACAUAUUGCAUGAGUUCUGAUUUGUGUAUAAAUUGCCAUGUUCUCUUUGUAUUGUAUUUUUCUGUGUGGAUUUUCCAAUAAGAUUUGCGUCAGUGUCCACAAGCUUCUUUGGUAAAAGUGCAGUGAGAUAUUGUGUCAGUUUUGUGGACUGAUUGGUGGUGGGGUUCACCCUAGAAAUGUCUUCAGCUGGAUUGACCUCAGAAAUUCAUUUCUGUAUGUAGAUAAAAAUGGUAUUUGGUUGUACAUAUUCAGAAUUGGUCUUCCUGCAAUAGAUGUAAAAAGUAACACAGUUAGUGAUCUGAAUGUGGGUGAUUCCAUAAAUGAGUAGCCCCAUGAACUUUGUAGUCCUUAACAUAUUUUUUUUACUUGUUACUACCAAAGAGUGAAAUAUUUGCCAGAGAUUUUAGGUGAGUUGAAGCACUUGAACCAAAACUUCUGGUAGCAAAGGGUGAAAUGUCAAGCCAUUUUCUGAAAGUAUGGGUGUCCUAAUAACAGAUUUGUACGUAAGGGGGCAUCAAAGCUGUCCAACAUUUUAUAAUUGUUUCAAAAAUGUGUGAUUUGGGGCUCUCGUAUGCAUCAUGUACUACCCUGUGUAUGAAAAUGUGUCCUACAUUGUGUUAAAGUAGUAAUGCUUUAGAAUAGCAUUACAUUUGAAUUUGUGAAGGUUUGUUAGCUGAAUUAGAUUCAGAGUUUGUAACCCAAAUAUUUUUCAUGUGAAAACAAAACCCACUUUAUGGAAUCUUCUUGCAUGUGAAAUUUGUGAAAUGUUUCCGAGAAAAAAACAACAUUUGGCUUCACUGUCCAAACGUAUCACCGUUACUUUAUAGCCCACUUAAUAAAAGUGUGACAUUUUAAAAGCAAGCUUGGAACCAUGUUAACAUGGGCCAUUUCUAGGUUGACUUGUAGUGUCCCCUAAAUACAUACAUAUUUAUGCACAAAAUUAUUUUUUUAUGCUAAGCAAGGUAUUUUCGCAAUAAACAAGUGUAAUCCUGGAGACAAGUGAAAAUCAGUUUGGAAUAAUAUACCUUGCUCAGUAUGACAAAGAAAUAAUAGAUUUGGUGUCCCCUUACAAGUAAAACAGUGAAUGGACUUUUACGUAGUAUUUUGGCUUUUCCGGGAUAAUACAAUGCGAUAGUGGCUGCAAUCACAGAGGAAUUUCAUUAUCUUUAUUUUUACAAGUUUGCACUCUGAUUUAUGGAAUUACCUGUGUUCACGUUUCUUUAAAACUUAUUUGAAGGCAAGGAUCUUUAUGCCUAAAUUUAGGUUUAAUCUGAACAUAUGUGUUUGUGGAUUUAGUUGUUUUACACUAGGUAUGUGAAAAUUUUUAUUAUUACGUGGUUCUUCCAGAUGUACAGUGCAAUGGGUUACCAUAAGCUGAGAGAUCGGAAUCAGAAGUAAUGGUCAACGCAGGAUUUUUCUUAUGUAGCUUUAUAACCAUUUAAAUGAACUGCACAUGCGAGUUCAAUGCCUCGCUAUCAAAAAAAGUUGAGUCUUUGGUUCCGAGAUAUGUUAGAUGCUGCCUUUUGGGGGCCCAUAGCCAAGAUGUAGCAUUUGCACUUCCAAUGAAACAUAGACCCAUGCAAUUAACAAAAACAGUAAGUACUAGCACUUGUCAACUUCAUUUGCAAAGUUUUAUAUUUUUCUACACAACUAAAAAUUAUCUGACUUCAAAGUGUUGAAAUCAAGUAUUAGUGAGCACAUUUCAGUGAGGAAUUGUUUAAGUAUCUUCCAGUUAGUUACGGUGAAGAGUAUGUCUUUAAUUCAAAUAAGCAUAUUUACUCAGUGAUCUUUGACCUUUUCGUCAAUUAUAGCACAAUAGUCAGGCUGCAUCUGUAUUACUUCACUGUGUCUGCCACUUUCCAUUGUCGGGUGUAAUUUCAAGCCAAAGUGAAGUAAUUUGGAUACAGUCAGCAAGAGUGACAACAGUUUUUGUAAUUGAUACAUUACAAUGACUGUCCACAGCUCCCUGUGCUGUGCUAUUGAUAAAAAGCAAUGCAAAUUACCUUAGUAGACUUGUCCCGAGUACCAGUCAUUGAGAAGAUCACUUAAACUAUCAGUGAUCAGACCCUGUUGGCUGGAAGACUUGGGGGGAGGCCUUGGGGGGAGGCCUUGACAGACGUGACCCAUCAUGACAAACUGAGAGUUAAAGUCGCACCCUGCACUUUCCUAUUUAGAGGGUUCAAAGUCACUGAAGUGGAGGAAUAUUUGGGGCUUUGUAACAUUGAGAGAGAGUAACCCAUCGCCUGGUUAAUUCCAAAUAUUUUGCAGGCAGUGUUCGUGCCUGGUCAGAAAUGUUGAAACAAUGUUAGAAAUAGACACCAAGCAGCCGCAAUAACGUCUCGUUGCCACUUAAUCCUUUUACCCUCAGCGCUCCGUGUAUGCAUAAUUAGAAAGCUCUUUCUGCUGACUUCAAAAGUACCAGCAUCGCAAUUUUUUGAAAAUUCCAACCUUCAGCUCAUUUUGUGGUGACAGGUCACAAAAUUAACAGCUAAAACAACCUUUUUUCAAACAAUGCCUUUCAUCCAAACCUUCACUAUACCUGAUAUUGUACACAGACACUCUGACAAGAUUGCAACACGUUAUUCUCUGUGCAUGACAGUGCAGGUCGGUUUCCAGUAUAAAUUUGGUUUAAUAUUUCUACUCUGUAUAUCUUUAGCGAUGUUUGUAUACUACAUGUUGGAAGAGCGAUGUAACAAUGAUGAACGUGGGCUUUGUAUCAUAGCUGCAGAAAACAUGAGAUUGCUGGGUUACCGACAAAAGCUGGUACGGGAUCUGUAUCACUUGGUACUGAUUCAAUUUGCCUUGUACUGAUUAAAUUCUGCUAGACGGCUGUCCAACUGAGCGCAGUGCAACAACAGACCCCAGAUGCUUUAUUGUCACGUUGCUACAAAUAUGAAUUGACACUUUUCAGAUUGUUUUAAUAAAGACGACUUUUAGAA